AAAGAAAAGGGCAUAAAACCAAAAAAACCUAGCUAAACCGCGAAACCCUCUGCUGUUUGGGCUCGUAUCACACAUAUCUUCACGAGUGUCACUCUAGGCUCUCGCCGCCGCCGCCUACUAUUGCUCUCUCCAGAUCUAAAAUUUCUGGUCUCUUCUCCGAUUUUCGCACUUUGAUUUGGAAUAUUUUUUCUUCUGCGAAAAUAUGGCUUCGCGAUUCUGGACCCAGCCUGGAAGUGACUCUGAGGAAGAAGAGAGUGAUAUUGAUGAGGAAAUAGAGAUUGGAGGUGGUGAACCAACCUCAGAGCCUACUGUUAAUAGGUACCUCAGGGAAAAUGCCAGUGACAGUGACGAUUCCGAUGGCCAAAAGAGGGUCGUUAGAUCGGCCAAAGACAAGCGUUUUGAGGAGAUGUCUUCCACUGUCGAUCAGAUGAAAAAUGCAAUGAAGAUUAAUGAUUGGGUCAGCUUGCAGGAGAGCUUCGACAAGAUGAAUAAGCAGCUUGAGAAAGUGAUGCGUGUUACCGAGGCUGUGAAGGUCCCUACUCUUUAUAUCAAGGCUCUUGUGAUGCUGGAGGACUUUUUGGCUCAGGCUUUGGCUAAUAAGGAGGCUAAGAAGAAGAUGAGCAGUAGCAAUGCCAAGGCAUUGAACUCCAUGAAACAAAAAUUGAAGAAGAACAAUAAGCAGUAUGAAGAUGCAAUCAAUAAGUAUAGAGAGAAUCCCGAGGUUGAGGAGGAUAGGGAUGUUGGUGACGAGUCAGAAGAGGAGGAAGAAACAGAUUCUGAGAUUGAGGAGGAUAUUACCAAGAUUGUUCAGUCAGCUAGUGAAGAUGAUGGUGAUGGGGAAGAUGAUGGAGACCACCAAGCUGAAGCUGGGUGGGAAACGAAGCUCAGUAAGAGAGAAAGGCUCAUGGGUAAGCAACUCAUGAAGGAUCCUAGUGAAAUCACAUGGGAUAUAGUAAACAAGAAAUUUAAGGAGGUUGUGGCUGCCCGGGGCAGAAAGGGAACCGGAAGGUUCGAACAGGUAGAGCAGCUUACCUUCUUGACGAAGGUUGCUAAGACCCCUGCACAAAAGCUCGAAAUUCUCUUUAGUGUUGUUUCUGCUCAAUUCGAUGUCAACCCAGGGCUCAAUGGACAUAUGCCUAUAACUGUGUGGAAGAAGUGUGUGCAGAACAUGCUAAUCAUACUUGACAUUCUUGUGGAGAAUUCAAACAUAGUGGUGGAUGACACGAUUGAGCCUGAUGAGAAUGAAUCCCAGAAGGGAGCGGACUACGAUGGAACAAUCCGGGUUUGGGGUAAUCUCGUGGCCUUUUUAGAAAGGGUUGAUAAUGAGUUCUUUAAGAGCUUGCAACUCAUUGAUCCUCAUACUCGAGAGUAUGUUGAAAGAUUAAGGGAUGAGCCAAUAUUUAUGGUUCUUGCUCAAAAUGUUCAAGAUUAUUUAGAACGAGCUGGAGAUUUUAAAGCUUCUGCAAAGGUAGCUUUAAAGCGGGUUGAACACAUCUAUUAUAAGCCACAAGAGGUUUAUGAUGCCAUGAGGAAUUUAGCUGAGCUUACUGGAGUGAGCGAUAAUGGUGAAGAGUCACUUGAGGGAACGAAGGAGGUUGAAGAAAGUAAGGGUCCAUCUGCAUUUAUUGCUACCCCUGAGAUUGUUCCUCGAAAGCCCACCUUUCCUGAGAAUAGCAGGAUCUUUCUGGAUCUAUUGGUAUCGCUUAUAUAUAAGCAUGGAGAUGAGCGUACUAAAGCUCGUGCCAUGCUUUGUGAUAUUUACCACCAUGCCCUCCUGGAUGAGUUUUCAACUUCCCGUGAUUUGCUGUUGAUGAGUCACUUGCAGGAUAGUGUUCAGCACAUGGACAUCUCUACACAGAUAUUGUUUAACAGAGCUAUGGCACAACUCGGUCUGUGUGCAUUUCGGGUUGGACUAAUUACUGAAGGACAUAGCUGUCUUGCCGAGCUAUAUUCUGGUGGAAGGGUAAAGGAAUUGCUUGCUCAAGGUGUCUCACAAAGUAGGUAUCAUGAGAAGACUCCAGAACAGGAAAGGCAGGAAAGGAGACGACAGAUGCCAUACCAUAUGCAUAUAAAUCUUGAACUGCUGGAAGCAGUCCAUCUGAUAUGUGCCAUGCUGCUGGAAGUGCCUAACAUGGCAGCCAACAUGCACGAUGCAAAACGGAAGGUCAUAAGUAAAAAUUUCCGGCGGUUGCUUGAGGUUAGUGAGAAGCAAACCUUCACCGGCCCCCCUGAAAAUGUCAGAGACCAUGUAAUGGCUGCAACUAGGGCCCUCCUCAAAGGAGACUUUCAGAAGGCUUUUGAUGUUAUCAACUCCCUUGAUGUUUGGAAGCUCCUAAGGAAUCGUGAAAGCAUUCUUGAGAUGGUCAAGGCUAAGAUCAAGGAAGAGGCACUGAGGACCUACCUCUUUACCUAUGCCUCAUCCUAUCAAUCUCUGAGUUUGGACCAGCUCACCAAGUUGUUUGAUCUCUCGGAAGCUCAGAUACACAGCAUCGUUAGCAAGAUGAUGAUCAAUGAGGAACUCUAUGCAAGUUGGGACCAGCCAACUAAUUGCAUUGUGUUCCAAGAUGUUGAGCACACUAGGUUGCAGGCUUUAGCAUUCCAGUUAACCGAAAAGUUAUCAAUCCUUGCAGAGAAUAAUGAGAGGGCAAUAGAGGCUCGGACUGGUGGCGGUGGAUUGGAUCUGCCUAUGAGACGUAGAGAUGGCCAAGACUAUGCUGCCGCUGCCGGGGGUGGCGGUGGUAGAUGGCAAGAGAACUUUUCUUACAAUCAAGGAAAGCAAGGUGGCGGCACUGGACGAACAGGAUAUGGCGGCGGAGGUAGAGCAAUGCCAUUUGGCCAGACUCCAAGGGACCGUCGAGGAACUGGUCGGGGGUCAAGGUAUCAAGACUCAGGGAGAACUGGUUCAGGUUCAAGGGGAUCCCAGAUGGAUUCUUCCACACGCAUGGUCAGUCUUAACAGGGGGUUUCGAGCUUAAAGGAAGGAACAUAUGAGAGUAGUAGAGGCCAAUGGGAGAGGAAACAAACUUGAAGAUGCAGCAUCACCAUAAAAUUUGUUGUUCUUUCAGUUAUGAAAAAAAUUAUAGUUAAAUUUAGAGCGAAAUGGCUACUGAUAUUUAUGUUUUGAGUUUAGUUUUCUGAAGAUUUUGACUUCCUCAAGUUCUGGAAUUUUGAGCAAAAGGUGAUUUUGUAUCUUGGCUUUAUUUUUAUUUUACUUUUGUUGGAAGAUUUGACAAAAUAUUUGAUGUGCUGAUUAUUUGUUCA